GAGAGGAGGCGCCGCCAUGUCCGCGCAUCUGCAAUGGAUGGUCGUUCGGUACUGCUCCAGUUUCUUGAUCAAGAGGAAUAAGCAGACUUACAGCACGGAGCCUGAUAAUCUGAAGGCCCGAAACUCCUUCCACUACAACGGGCUGAUUCACCGCAAGACUGUCGGAGUGGGGUCCACGGCUGAUGGCAAAGGGGUCGUGGUGGUUAUGAAACGCAGAUCCGGUCAGCGAAAACCUGCCGCUUCUUACGUGCGGACCACCAUCAAGAAGAAUGCUCCAGCAACCCUCAGCAGCAUCAGGCACGUGAUCCGGAAGAACAAGUACCGCCCUGAUGUGUGAAUGGCGGCCAGCCGCAGGGCCAGUGCCAUCCUUCGAAGCCAGAAGCCUGUGGUGGUGAAGAGGAAACGGACCCGUCCCACCAAGAGUUCCUGAG